AUGGAGCUCUCUACGGCCGCCGCUCCAGACAGGGGAGGCUCGGUGCACCAUGAUACCCAUGCGAUGCCGCCACAGUUCAUCCAGCGGGAGCAUUGGCGAUACCAGAGCAUGAGAAAGGGAGCCCUGGAGAAGGACCCCGAUGUAGUGGACCUCAGAAACCGAGAUAGCCUUUCCGAAUCGCAGCAGCAGGCAUGGGAGCCUACCGGCGUCAUCCCAGCAUCCCGGAUAGAGGCCGCAUGUGAAGCGUACAGCGGAAGACCGCUACAAACGCCACCGCACGAUGCACCCAUUUUCGAGCAUCGAGACUUCCCAGGCCUUCAGGUUAUAGCCGGACUGCUCCCGCCGGAGACUCAGGUUCUUUUCACUUCCUGCUUGAUGCAUCGUGAUCUUUCAAAUCCCCAGCACAAGAUCAAUCUUCAGGCCGACUAUGACAUCCCAUACCCACCAGAGCCUGCAUCGGGUAUGCAGCGCUUCGACACUUCCUUCUUCACGCGCGAACGCUCCGCCGCAGAGGACAUCCUGUUGCCGAUAGUGCCCGACAAGCACAAGCCCCUCAACAACGAGCAAUUUCUCUAUACUAAGCUGCGCUGGCUCACACUGGGGGAUCAAUAUGACUGGCCAACCCGCAGCUACGCGAAGCAUGCUACUCCAUUUCCCGAGGAUCUUUCUAAGCUAGUCACCGGGCUCUUCCCUCACAUUCGCCCGGAGUCUGGAGUCGUACUAUUGUAUGGCGCGAAGGAUUUCAUGCCGGUGCACCGGGACGUCAGCGAGCAAUGCCAACGCGCGCUUGCCAGCUUCAGCGUGGGCUGCGAUGGCAUCUUCAUCAUGGCCCGCGGCGAGGAUGAUGGCGAAGGAGAGUACGCUCCAAGGACCGUGGCCAUCAGAGUUCGCAGCGGCGACUGUGUCCAUCUCGACGGAGAAGCCAGAUGGGCCUGGCAUGCGAUGGCUCGCACCAUCCCGAGCACCUGUCCGGCUUAUCUGGCGGACUGGCCUGUUGGCACGCCCGGUGCGACGCUGGCGGAGCAGAAAGCGUACAAGAAGUGGAGGGGCUACAUGGGCACGAAGCGAAUCAAUGUCAGUUGCCGGCAGGUUUGGGAUUAG